AUGAUAGACCAAGAUCAGUCUGGAACCAUCGAGGUGUCAGAGUUCAUCGGCCCCCUGUCCCGGUGGGCACAUGACUCCAAGACGGCCCCCCGCUUCAUCAAGUAUAACAUGCUGCAGGCAAUGCACCUCCAGGAAGAUCUCUACGAUCUUGCCGUGGGAUCCUUCCAGCAGUUGGCAGCCAGGAUAGAAGACUUGUCUUCUCAAAUCCAGGUGCUGAAGCAUGGAGACCUGUCCCUUCCAGCAGCCCAGAUGUCAGAAGGAUCUCAACAAGAUGGCGGUAAGUCGGACAUGUUGACCUCCGAGAUUCACGCACAAAGCGGCCUGGAGAGCCCAGCCAGUGGCGUAGAUGGGCAAAGGAUGAAAGCGAACAUCGAAGCCCUGCUUGAGUCUGCGAUGUCCAGACUUGAAACCAAGUUGGACAUAAUGCUUGCCGACGAUCACAUCAGACCGAGAGAUUUGUUACAUGUAGGAUCCGGGCAUGAUGAGGUUCGAGCGAGGCACCGGACCGGCAAGAAGAUGCUCCACCCGGAAGCCUUCCGCAGCAUGUACCUCAAUCAUAGUCGCCCACUUUCGACCGCCGGUGCAGAUUCUGGCGAGAGGAGCAGGAAGGUCUACUUCGGAGAGAGCGCUUCUCCCAUGUUAAUUUCUGAGCAGCUCGGUCCUGGGAGUCCUGUGUCGUCUCCAGAUGCUGCUCAUUCACCUGCAGCCGGCAGGUCUGCAGACGCUUUUAAAGCCUUUGGCGUUAACAUCUCCCCUGUACAGACUGUAAAGAUGUAA